UUUACUUCUAGCUUUCCUCCCCUUUUAGAUGUACCUGGCGCUCACGAGAUGGCUGGCUAUUACCCUCGUGAGGAAGAUAGGGCAGGAUAUGCUGCCGUGAGAGAAACUCAGGCUCUUAAUGCUUCCUAUGAGCGUUUUCUACGUACCGGGCAAAUUCAGUCCUAUGGUGCUGGACCUGCCGGGGGAUCUAUUAGGCCUACUGCGGGGGUUAAUGCUGGUUACCAGGCUGAUGAUCGUCCAGUGGUGGCUGCUGGGGGUAUGGAUGGCAGGAAUGCUGGUUUUGGUGGCGGAAUUUCAGAACCUCCCCUUCCUCCAGAUGCCUCAAAUACCUUAUUCAUUGAAGGCAUCCCUACUGAUUGUGAACGCCGAGAAGUUUCUCAUAUCUUUCGACCAUUUGUUGGCUUUAAGGAGGUGAGGCUUGUAACCAAAGACCCAAGACAUCCUGGUGGUGAUCCAAUCGUGCUCUGCUUUGUUGAUUUUGCUAAUGCUGCUCAAGCAGCUGUUUCCAUGGAAGCUUUGCAAGGUUAUAAGUUUGAUGAACACGACCGGAAUUCACCUCACUUGCGGCUGCAGUUUGCACGAUUUACGGGUCCGAGGGGACAAUCAGGACCUGGUGGUGGUGGUGGUGGUCGUGUUAGGCGUUAAGUUGGCAGAUCAUUUGUGAAUUUGCUCAGUCCAGACUUUUGUUGACCUAGCUGGAGGUUCUUCGUGUGCCGAUAACUUCAGCUAAUUUAGUCACCUUGUUUGGCUUGACCACAUCAGCUGUCGAUGUGCGAUGAUGAUAUUUUUCUUGUUGUACACCAGAUAUAUUUCUCAUAGUAAUAGUGUUGUAGUGUUCCAACUUUGUUACCCUGGUCUUGCAAAAUGCUUCUUUUUUUACAAAAUCAACUGGUUAAGAUGGGAGACGAAAAGGUUGCAGCUGUAAGCUAGUACAGUAGUAUUUCUGAAUCAUGUGGAAUUGUAUGUACAUACUGUUUUUGCUGAUUAAUGU